CACUCUAUUGCAUAUUUGGGUUAUACAGCGUUUGUGCUUCUUCCGGUCGGGGAGUGUUUGCUAUUUUCUCGCUGUUUCGGUCAUGUUUCGGAGUGUUUUUGGCAGACUGCUGACAGAGACCGGGUGUGUUCUCCGCGGUGUGCAGACGAGGCCGACCCCCGGCGGUGUGUCUCUACGGGGCCUCUCAGGGCUGAAGGACGGGGAACAGUUUGACCUCUCCCUGUUGGAGCUGCUGGUGUGUCCGCUGAGCAAGAAGCCGCUCAGGUAUGCAGCUGAGACCAAUGAGCUGAUCAACGAGGAGCUCGGUAUCGCCUACCCUAUCAUCGACGGCAUCCCCAACAUGAUCCCUCAGGACGCCAGACUCAUACGGAAACACACAGACCCCUCCCCCACUCCAACGCAGGCAUAGAAACUCCAGCUGACCCAACAAAGACUAUUAACAUUAGAGCGACUUAAGGCUCAAUUCUUCUGUAGCGGCUCAGACGUCUGUGAGCAUGUUCUCCCUGUCUGUGAUGGUGGGGCUAGUGCCCAUCGUGUCUCUCUUCGGUCUCUUCUACUCGGCUGCAGUGGAUGAGAACUUCCCUCAGGGCUGCACCAGCAGCAGCAGUGUGUGUUUCUACAGCCUGCUGCUGCCCGUCACCAUCCCCGUCUACGUCUUCUUCCACCUCUGGAGCUGGAUCGGGAUCAAGCUCUUCAGACACAACUAGCAUGUUCUGUUCUACCUGAAAACACGUCAGUACCAAUAAAUCAUCUGCUGU